GGCAAAUGGUUCAAGCAAUUAUUAGCAGCAAAGUUAGAGCCGCUGACAACACAGCAUCUCUUUGUUAUAUCAUUUCACUUUCUCUCUCUUAAUCAUCAUCAUCCUCAUGAUAGUCAUCUCCAUUCAUUUCUCUCGCUGUCUCUCUCUACAUUUAUCUCUCCCUCCUCCCCCAGACCCAUCCUCUCUUUCUUUAUUUCUUUUUCACUGUCAGUUUUACAGAGCAGGCAGAGCGGGGUACCGCGCAGUUGAUGAUGAUGAUUAUCCUCUCUUUACUGAUUGCUUUUUCUUAGUUUUUUCAAAACUAUAUAUAAAAUAAAUUAUUAUUAUUAUUUUUUUUUUUUCUUUCAACAAGUAAACAAAGGAAUAAAAAUCAAAUCUGAAGAGGAACACUAACUCGCGGAGAGGGAAAUUUAAGCUACUUGUUAGAUUUCUGAGGAAGAAAAAGAAGAAGAAAAUUAAGGAGACAGAGAGUUGCAGCUGCCAGUCAUAUAGCGAAGCGGAGGGGGGCUUUGAUAUAGAAAUCAUCAAGAAAGUAAAAAAAAUAUUAAUAAAUAAAAAAUGCAGGAAGGAGAAGCGGUAGGAGGAGAGCAGGGGCAGCAGCUAAUAGAAGAGGCGUCACCAAUCAGUAGCAGGCCUCCGGCGUCGGCAAGUGUGAAUUUGGAUGAGUUUAUGGGUCUGUCAGAUGGAGGAGGCGGUGGCGCUGGAGGUGGAGGUGGAGGUGGGAGCAGCGGGAACAGAUGGCCUCGUCAAGAAACUUUGGCCCUUCUCAAGAUUAGGUCCGACAUGGAUGCCUCCUUCCGUGAUGCCACCCUUAAGGGUCCCCUCUGGGAAGAUGUCUCCAGAAAGCUAGCAGAGUUGGGUUACAAACGGAGUGCCAAGAAAUGCAAGGAAAAAUUUGAAAACGUGCAUAAGUACUAUAAACGAACCAAAGAAGGCCGAGCUGGUCGUCAAGAUGGCAAAAGCUACAAGUUUUUCACUCAGCUGGAGGCUCUCCAUAGUGCGACAACCCAAACUGCCAACCAAUUCGUUGCUGCUGUCAACCCCAUGCCCAUUUCAUCCUUUAGAGUCUCCCCUUCUCUUUCGACCACCCCCUCCAAACUUCCUUCAGCGUCCACUAGUAUGCCCAUGAUUCCUCCUCUGGAUAUGACCAAACCAGCCACCCAUGCAAAUAUGACUGCGUCCACAGCAGGCAUAUUCCCCACCGGUGUUACUAGCUUCUCGUCCAACAGCUCGUCCUCUUCACCGAGUUCCCAGGAUGACGAUGACAACGAGGAUGAUGACUUGGAAGGAGAGCCAUCCAACAUCAGCCGCAAACGUAAAAGGGAGUCUUGGAAAGAGAGCUCUCAUAGGAUGAUGGAAUUUUUUGAAAACUUAAUGAAACAGGUGAUGCAGAAACAAGAGGCCAUGCAGCAAAAGUUCCUGGAGAUAAUUGAGAAGAGAGAAGAGGAUCGGAUGAUAAGGGAAGAAGCUUGGAAGCGGCAAGAGAUGACUAGGCUGAGCCGCGAGCACGAACUGAUGGCUCAAGAGCGUGCCAUAUCUGCUUCCAGGGAUGCUGCCAUUAUUUCUUUUCUACAAAAAAUUACAGGUCAGAUUAUCCAACUACCUCCACCAGUAGGAAAUAAUAUUCAUCAUCCUGCACCUCCUGCUUCUGCACCACCACCACCACCACCAGCAGUACCGUCACUGACUCAGCAGCAGCAGCAGCAAGAUAAACAAAAACAUAAAGAUCAAUCUCAAUGCACUCAGCAACAACAACAACAACCAUCUGCCUAUACGGAUCAGAUAGCUGUGGCUGUUAAUGCAGAACAACAUGCAACACCACAAUUGGAGUUCACCGGUGGAUCCAGAAUCAAUACUACUACUACUACUUUGGAAGCUACCUCCUCCUCGAGAUGGCCCAAGGCAGAAGUUGUUGCCCUAAUAAACUUAAGGGGUGGACUUGAAUCCAGGUAUCAAGAGGUAGGGCCCAAGGGCCCUCUUUGGGAAGAAAUUUCCUCCGGCAUGCAGCGGAUGGGCUACAAGAGGAGUGCCAAGAGAUGUAAAGAGAAAUGGGAGAACAUCAACAAGUACUUUAAGAAGAUCAAGGAAAGUAACAAGAAACGGCCCGACGAUUCAAAAACCUGCCCUUACUUUCAUCAACUUGAUGCCUUGCACCUGAAAAAGGUGAACAUCAUUGGUAGUUCAAGUGCCCACGCCGGCGAGCAACGUUCCAUUUCAGCUGCUAAACAGUCCCAAGACAAGGGUGAUGCGGAAACUAGUAUGGCGGCACCAAAUCAACAACCAGAGCUAGUUAGAGAAUCAGAAAACAAAACCGCAGCAACUACAGAUCGUGUGGAGAUCACAAGCAGUUUAGGCUUGCCAUCGAGCUUUUUCGGGGAGGGAACGGUAGUCCAAGGGGCUUCUGAGAAGCCAGAAGACAUUGUGAAGGAGUUGGUGGAACAACAAGAGAAUCAUCGACAACAACCUCCGGUAAAACAACAAUUAAUAGUAGAUGAUUAUGAUCAGAUUGAGGAGCCUGAUAGCGAAGAUAUUGAGCAAGAAGAUGAAGACGAGGACGAAGAUGACAAUGAGGAAUUAGAAGAUCAUGGGAAGAAAAUGGCUUAUAAGAUCGAAUUAAUCCAGAGACAGAAAGCAACUGGCACAUCAGCUACGGGAGGCGGAAAUGGGGCACCCUCUUUCUUGGCCAUGGUUCAAUAAUACCCAGCAAGCUAGGUAGCUAGCUGCUCAUGGGAUGCUCAGUUCAGUUGGUGUCUGGCUCGAUCUUCCUCCACGUAAUGUACCAUAUCAUGUAUCCAUGUAAUCUGCCCUAAGUUUAAAACUUCAUAACGUGCAUUCUUCCUUUCAUUCCUUUUCUCCUUGACCCCCUUUUCAAAAUUUUUUACACUCCCCUUCCUCAUUAAUCAUCAUCACCAUUUUCGUUAUCAUCAUCGUCAUUAGCUUCUCCUUCAUUGACCUUAUCCGCGCGAUUUUUACUUAGCUCUGAGACGGAAAACCUUUGGUUGGACAUAUGUCUGUCAAUUAUAUCACUUCUUUCUUAUUUGUUGAUUUAUUGGUGAAUAAAGACCCGUUUAAAGGCCAAACGGAAGGGAUUGAAUUAAGAGAGAGAAAUAAAAGCUUGCUCUAAAGCAUCCGUAGCACAUUAUCAUAUUCUUUUGAGUGCUGAGGUACAGGAGAAAAGAAACAAGCCCGGAAGAAGAUAAAGUGAGUUUUCAGAAGCAGGUUAUUCAUUUUUUUUUAUUUUUUUUCCCCUUUCCUUUUGUUUUCCUGCUCAAGCUUUCAGUUACUUUGUUAGUUUUCUUUUUCUUUUUCUUUUUUUUUUUCUUUUUUUUUACUACAUUACUCGUUUGGCAUAAAAAAUGAAAGAAUUUGGGCUCAGGCUCAAAAAUUUCAACUUGAUCUGGAGUUGAAAAUGUUAUAUUACUUGUUUAAUUUC